AUGCUUUCCACCGACGAUUUAGCCACGCGAACAGCAGGUGCAACGGCUUUACGCGCACGAUGCGCAUCUCCGGGCCGAGAAUGCGCUUCGACUCGCACGAGAAUUUGUCAGUGGCCUCUGGCGGCGGCAAGGCGCUGGCUGGGGAGCCAUGGGGGGGAGGCAGUGGCGGCGGCGUGGCAGGAUAUGCCGUUCCUGGGAGCGGCUCAUCCGACCCUUGGGGGCUUGUUUAGGCAAAACGGGGCGCAAUCACGACUCCACGGCGGCUCAUCCCCCAUGUCGGGAGGCAAGCCUCAAGGCCAAGCCACAGCCAGCAGUGACGAGCAAUGA